UGUCCCUUUAAGACGGCACUUUUUAUUUUUCAUUUGUUUACUUCUUCUUGCGCUUUUCUUUUUUUACAAAAAUGUGAUCAAGUAUCCUUCCGCAAAUGUCAGCCGCAGGCACUCACCACACGCCUUGAAGCCAUUAAUGUCAAUUUAAGAAUCUAGAGGUAGAAGCCAUGAGCCAACAUCUCUUUUUAUAGGAUUUAAUCCUCUUUUACACUUUAGGGACUACUUUUUAGGAAUAAACCAUUUUUGCUUUAGUUAACACAGGUUUGUGACCUUCAGAACUCUUCCGCGGAAGACAGAAUACGAUAAUAGCCUUUACAACGCACCUUUCCAUAAAAAUAUUCUGUGUGUGCUCUCACAGGCCAUCGAAUCUUCUGGUAUUCCUGAAACAGAAUGGUAUGGUCCAGAACCCGCCCCAUUUUCUCUGCGAUUGGUCUUCCUUCCUCUACCGGGCGUGUGACUCUUGACCAAUGGUCGCUCACGUUUCUUUAGCGAGGGCUAAGCGACAGAAGGCGGUGGCCUUGGAGACGCCCCCUACGCGUACUGCGAUUGGCUACGUCGCACGGCGCGCGAGGACGGCGGGCCUGAAAGAUGAGAACUACGACUCCCAGCUUCCCGCGACGAGAACUCCGUUACGCAUGCGCAUGGGCGGGGCGUACAGGCUUCUUUAUAAAAGGGGCGCAGAGGCCUGGGAGGCAGCAGUUGGAAGUUGGCAGGUGGAAAGGCAGGUUGGGGGGGAAAGUCGGGGGAGGAGGCGGAAGAGGAGCUGUCGGAAGGGGGAGGAGGGAGGGAGGAAAAGAGGAGGAGGCGGAGGAGAACUGAGCUGAGCAGAGCAUCGAGCCAAAGGGGAGAUGAGUUUGUCUGUCCUCGGCUGAGGCUCCGGCCGGGCCUAGGGAACUGGGAACUCGGGCUUGAGCGACACCCGUGGAAGUGGGAGGAGGUGGCUCUGGGACUUUAACCCCUUGUGGGCUCUGCGGCAGGGGAUUUAACCCUUUGUGGAUUUGGCCCCUCGGAGGCAGCGUCAUCGGUAGUUUUAACCCCUUCGGGGCUGGGUUUAACCCGUUGGACUUAACCCUCAUCACCUUGCUCACCAACUCCUCGAUCUUGGGGACGCUCUGCGGGGAGGCUUGAGGCCCACCCCCUCCGCACAUUACGUACUGUUCCUGCGCUGCACCCCCUUGGACCCUCUUGCUGGCCGCGCUGUGGGCGCUUAACCCUUUGCUGACGCGAGCUCCCCAGGUUGCAAUUGGAGUUUGCUGACGGAAGGACUGGCUAAAGGAAUCGCUGCUGGUAUCACAAACUGAAGAGGACUCUGCUGGACAUUUUUUUUUUUAAAGAAAAAUCUUUUUUCCUUAAGGACUUACUAGCCAAAAUUUCUUAAACUUCGAGAAGAGGACUUCACUAGCCAUGGCCGAGCCACUCUUGUCAGAAUAUCAACACCAGCCUCAAACUAGCAACUGCACAGGUGCUGCUGUUGUCCAUGAAGACAGGAACCCUGAGCGCCCCCCAGGCGCGGAGGAGCGGGUGCCCGAGGAGGACAGUAGGUGGCAAUCGAGAGCGUCCCCCCAGCCGGGUGGCCCUCCAGGGCUAGAGGGUGAAGGGAGCCUGGAGCCCCAUCCACCUCCCCUGCAAACCCAGGCCCGUUCAGAACCGAGCUGCCUGGAAGCAGGCGAGAUGGGCCAGAAUGGGGACGAUUUGUCCGCUGAUGGCGACUCCCCGCCAGCGGCGGGAGGGGAACCGAGGCCCGAGGCCGAGCCGAUUGCCCAGCCUCGUCAUGACUCUGAGGCCAACAAGUUGGGGGCUCCUGCUGCAGGGGGCGAGGAGGCGUGCGGACAGCAGCAGAGACAGCUGGGCAAGAAAAAACAUAGGAGACGCCCUUCCAAGAAGAAGCGGCAUUGGAAACCGUACAUCAAGCUGACCUGGGAGGAGAAGAAAAAGUUCGAUGAGAAACAGAGCCUGCGAGCUUCGAGGAUACGAGCCGAGAUGUUCGCCAAGGGCCAGCCGGUCGCGCCCUAUAACACCACACAGUUCCUCAUGGAUGAUCACGACCAGGAGGAGCCGGAUCUUAAAACUGGCCUCUACUCCAAGCGGGCCGCCGCCAAAUCCGACGACACCAGCGAUGAGGACUUUAUGGAAGAAGCGGGCGAGGAGGAUGGGGGCAGCGACGGGAUGGGAGGGGACGGCAGCGAGUUUCUGCAGCGGGACUUCUCGGAGACUUACGAGCGGUACCACGCGGAGAGUCUGCAGAACAUGAGCAAGCAGGAACUCAUCAAAGAGUACCUGGAGCUGGAGAAGUGCCUCUCGCGCAUGGAGGACGAGAAUAACCGGCUGCGGCUGGAGAGCAAGAGGCUGGGCAGCGACGACGCGCGUGUGCGGGAGCUGGAGCUGGAGCUGGACAGGCUGCGCGCCGAGAACCUCCAGCUGCUGACCGAGAACGAACUGCACCGGCAGCAGGAGCGAGCGCCGCUUUCCAAGUUUGGAGACUAGACUGAAACUUUUUGGGGGAGGGAGCAAAGGGGACUUUUUACAGUGAUGGAAUGUAACAUUAUAUACAUGUGUAUAUAAGACAGUGGACCUUUUUAUGACACAUAAUCAGAAGAAAAAAUCCCCCUGGCUUUGGUUUCGUAAAUUUAUGAUGUAGCUUGCGUGCUUUCUCCUGUUCUUUAAUUAUGUGAAAUUGAAGAGUUGCUUUUCUUAUUUUCCUUUUUAGAAUUUUUUAAAUGUGAAAGUAAUUUGACCAAGUUAUAAUGCAUUUUUCUGUUUUAAAAACAUCCCCUCCUUAAACGGAGCUAUAAGGUGGCCAAAUCUGAGAACCAUUAAAUUCAUUUUAGUUAUAAUAAAUUUAAUAUUUGUAAAUGUAACAUAGUUUCAGUGUGAUUUCUAGAGCUAAUUCAAAAUAGUAUUGAUUUUAUGUGAUUGCAUUUUUGGGGAAGAGAAAUCUUAAAUUUGUCAGCAAAAAUGCCAAUCUCGAAUGGGAGAAUUUUCAAUUUGCUGAUUUUUUCCUUGAAUGGGUUUUAGUAUGCUAUAAUAUACAGUUCAGGCAAAAUAUAAAAAUUUAAUUAUCUUCAAUACUUAAGUGUGCUUGCUUUUUAGUGCCUUGGUUUUCUUCAUGCUGGAAAAAUAAACCAGUGUCGGGUGUCUGGGGGAGUGGAAGGUGGCUACAAUCAUAAGUUUAAAAUUUAAUAAUUCUGCCUCUCGGCCAUUCAAAAGUCUAAUAAAAAAAUAUAAAGCUAA